GGGGGUCUGCGGGAAGGGCUCCCCCAGAGCCCCUGGAGGGCCGCCUCCGGGCUCUCCUGCCCAUCCCUGUUCUUAUCCCCGCUGGCAGAGUUUAGGCCAUCCUGGGGAAAUCCAACCUCAGAGCCCUCCCUUGUUGGUUCAACCCUUCCCUCCUGUCUUAAAGUGGGAGCCGAGGCCCGGGCAGUAGGGGUAACGUGACUUGUCCAGGGUCACACAGCUGGGAAGUGUGUGAGGCCGGUUGAACCCGGGACCGCCCGCCUCCAGACCUGGCUCUCCUUCCACCGAGCCACUCUGCUUCUGCCCUAAAUAACUCGUAAAACCCGGAGCUGGCGUUCUGCAUGGGCCAAGGGAGUUUCCGCCGUAGGAACCGCAACCAACUGGGCCGAGGCAGCCCCCCCAGACAGGAGCUCCUCCUUUCGGGUCAGAUUCUUGGAAGCCGGCCUGUGAGCCUGUUGUCCGGCAGAGUAGAAACGUCCGGGCUCCGUCUGCCACUGGCCCUUGGUUUCCUGGGAUGCCAUGAAGUGCCUACUGUGUGCCGGGGCCUACCUCAGGCCCUCCAGCCGCCGCGCCGGCCCCCUUCUCGGAAGGCUGGGCUGAAGGGUGGGCGGGCAGCUCUCCCUUCGCCCCUGGGGGUGCCGAGGCAGCCUCCUCCGGUGGGCGGGCGGGCCAGCCGAUGGCACCGGGGGUGCCCCCUCCCCUCGCGGGCCCCAGGAGACCAAUGGCUGUGGCAGGGCCCUCGUGACCACUCGUGGACCUGCAGGGCCGUGCGAAUGGCUGCGGUCAGCCCCGCGGAGCAGCGGGCAGGCUGUUAAAAGGGGCGCCGUGGGGGGGAGCCUGGGGCCCGGCUGGCAAGGGGGCCUCCCAGGCGCUCAGGUUGCCGGUCUGGCGCCUCUGGAGUCUGGUCUCGUCAGACCCCCUUCCUUGGAGCCUCUCCUCAGGGGAGAAGCGGUGGCUGGGCCGCCCAGCCAACAAUGCCCUCAUUCAGUCUGGAGGAGAGGGCACGCCAGGUGGGAGGCCCUGAGACGGGAGGGGGCGUGGAGGGAGAAGGGGCUUCUGUCUUGGCCUCCAGGAGGUGGAGCUGUCUGUGGCCUCCCGCCCUGUCUGUCGGAGGGGCUUGGAUCAGCUGCUCGUCCACGUCCCCCAGCUCAGACGGGGCAGAGAACUUGUGGCCCAGGCUUGGCUCUGCCCACCAUGUGGCAUCCUCUCGGCCUCCCCGUGCUGCUGGCCCUGGCUUGGCGAGGCCUGGCCCAGCGCUGCCCCCGCGUCUGCGUCUGCGACAAUGUCCGGAGGCACGUCUCGUGCAGGAACCAGAACCUCCGCCAGGUGCCGGCCGGCAUCCCACAGAUGACCCAGAGGCUGGACCUCCAAGGCAACGCGCUGAAGACGCUGCCUCCGGAGGCCUUUCUGGCCCUCCCGUACCUCACUCAUCUGGACCUGACGCAUUGCCAGCUGGAGCGGGUCGAAGAAGGAGCUUUCCGAGGCCUGGGCCGACUGGUCUACCUCAACCUGGCCUCCAACCGGCUCUCGGCGCUCUACCAGGAGGCCCUGGCCGGCCUGGGCUCCCUGAGGCAGCUGCUUCUGGAGCACAACCGGCUCGAGGAGAUGCGCCCGGGAGCCUUCAGCCAGCUGGGCUCCCUGGGCCUCCUCAGCUUGGCCCACAACUCGCUGGUCUACCUGCCCGACAUGGCCUUCCAGGGGCUGCUGCAGGCCCGCUGGCUGCGCCUCUCCCACAACGCCCUGAACGUCUUGGCGCCCGAGGCGCUGGCCGGCCUGCCGCGCCUGCGGCGGCUCAGCCUGGAUCACAACGAGCUGCAGGCCCUGCCCGGGGAGGCCCUGUCUCGGCCCCAAGGGCUGCUUCAGCUGGAGCUGGGCCACAACCCGCUCAGCUACGUGGGCGAGGAGGACGGGCUGGCCCUGGAGGCCCUGCGGCAGCUGUCGCUCGACCACGGCGCCCUGCAGGAUGUGGGGGCCGCUGCCUUUGCCCGCUGUCCCCGCCUCCACGCGCUGGACCUCCGGAGCAACCAGCUCGGGGGGCUGCCCCCGCUCGAGGGGGUGGGCCGGCUGCGGAAGCUCAACCUGACGGGGAACCCGCUGCGCUGCGACUGUGCCGCCAGGCCCUUGCGGGAGUGGGUGGCCAGGGCCCGGGUCCAGACGGACGGGCGGUGCUCCGAGCCCCGGCGCCUCCGGGGGGACGCUCUGGAGUCGCUGAGGGCCGAGGACCUCCUCUGUCAGAGGCAGGGUGGGAGGGAGGAGGCCCCCGGGCCCCGGGCCCCGACGCAGGCCCCCGAGGGGGACGAAGCGGCCGCACCCUGCCCGGCAGCCUGCAUCUGCUCCCCCGACUCCCAGCACAGUAGCUGUGAGAACCGAGGCUUGAGGGUGCCCCCCUCUGGGUUCCCCAACCACACCCGGCUCCUGGACCUGAGGCGCAACAACUUCUCGUCCAUCCCCCGGGGCGCCUUCCCUGGCUUGGCCCACCUCGUGUCUCUGCACCUCCAGAGCUGCGGCAUCACCCAUCUGGCGCCAGGCGCCCUGCGCGGAUUGGGCCAGCUGGUCUACCUCUACCUCUCCAACAACCGGCUCUCGGGGCUCCGUGCCGCCGCCCUGCAGGGCACCCCCCGGCUCCGCUACCUCUACCUGGAUGGCAACCGCUUCACGAGGCCGCCCAGGGCUGCCCUGCAGGUCCUGCCCCAGCUCUUCUCCCUCCACCUAGAACACAACGCUGUCCAGCAGCUGGCCCUGGGAGACCUGGCCGGGGCCCCGGGCCUCCGCCGGCUGGACCUGAGUGGGAACAGCAUCUCUGGCGUGCGGCCCGGCCCGGCCCUGGAGCUGGAGAAGCUGCAUCUGGGCGGGAAUCGGCUUCGGGCUGUGCCCACGGCCGCCCUGGAGGGGCUGCCCGCCCUCUCGGAGCUGCGGCUGUCCGGCAACCCCCUCCGGGCUCUCCGGGACAAGGCCUUCCUGCCGGUGGCCGGCUCCCUGCAACACCUCUACCUGAACGGGACUGGGCUGCACGAGGUUUCUCCGGGGGCCUUCGCGGGUCUGGGGCGCGGGCUCCGCACUCUGUACCUGGAGAACAAUCGGCUGCAGACGCUGCCGCCCAUGGACGGCUUCAGCCGGCUGGAGCUCGUCACCCUCGGGGGCAACCCCUUCCUCUGUGACUGCCGGCUCCUGCCCCUGCACAGGUGGCUCGCCGAGCUGAACCUGCGCGCGGGCGCCACCUGUGAGCUCCCGGCCAGCGUCCGCGGCCACAAGGUAAGGGCUGCCGCGGCUGCCUUUGAGGCCUGCCCGGGCUGGGGGGCCAAGAAGGGUAAAGGGGUUCCGUCCAACGCGAGGCGCAACGCCAGAAAAACCCGAGGCUCCGGCAAGCGGUCAGGACAGCCCAGGUCAGUGCCUGCCUGCAGUGGUGGCCGGGGACUGCCGGGGUUUGGGGAGGAAGCGUUGCGCCCCGUGCAUCCACUCGUCCUUGCUUACAAAAGGAGCAGCGGGCCGGGGGAGCUCCGAAGCCGGCCCUCGCCACGAGCAGGCACCUUGUUAUUCCCCGUUUUACAGAUGACGCCAUGGAGACAGGCGGAAGUGAAGUGACUCACCCAGGGUCAUACAACUGGUAAGUGGCUGGGGCAGGAUCUGAAUCUGGGUCUUCCAGGCUCCAGGCCAGCACUGUAGAGCGCAGUCAACAAGUGUUCGGGAGCCAUUCUAGAAUAGUCAUCCUGGCAGCAAGGGCUAAAGCACGGCGGCACCGUGCCUGCCCCCAGAGCUGGCGGUCAAACUGGAAGGGAGAAGGCCUGGCACAGGCCAGGGUGUCCCAUCUCCCGGGCGCCGGCACACUGGCCGUCUAGAGUGUUUCACACUGUGCCAGCGGCACGAUUUGUUGGGAAACCAUCACUGUUUCUCCUGGAAAAGAGGUGUGUGAACAGAGGGAAGAGCUGGGAGGAAGGGCCGGCCGGCCAGGGAGAGGGGUCCGCCCAAGGCGGGCCUGGACAGAAAGGGGGCAAGAGUGGAGGAGGCGGAGGGGCCGGCGUGUGGGCAGAUCUUCUCCUGGCACUGGAGGACUAGUUGGCAGCUCGAUGGCCUUGCAGGCGUGAAGACGCUUCGUGCCUUCCCACCCAACCUCAGAGACUUCCUAGCCGUGUCCCCCCCCGGGCAAGGGUCAGAGCCAAGAAAGGAGAGGAACAGCUGGGCAGCCGGGCCGGGAUGGCUCCUGACAGGCUCGCGCCCUCUUCUCGCUUCAGCAGGUCAGAGCGUCCUCGGAGCCUCGAGGAAGGAGCCGGCGUGUCUGAGAGCUGCUGGGCCUCCGCUACCGUCCGUGCCCCUCUCAGGUGCGCUCCUUGGGAUGGGAGCUGGGCUCGGGCCUCGGCAGCCACGUCACUGCUCGCUUGUUCUCUAAAUAAAUUGCCAGCCAGCAGAGCUUCA